AUGGCUCGUGGAAAUCAGCGUGAUAAGGCUCGCGAGAAGAACCUCAAGGCUGCGGCGGGAUCGAAAUCAAAGAACGGUCAAUCUGGCACGGAAUUUGCCCGCACCAAAGACGACCAGGCGGCGAUUAUGCGCGCGAAGCAGGCUGCUGCCGAAGCGAAAAAAGCCGCAGAGGGCCCUGCCAAGAAAUAA